AUGGCGCUGUGUCAUCAAUUCCCAGUAAAUCUCCACACUGUAUCCUACUCUUCAGCAUCUUCUUCCUUUCAAUCUCAUCGUCCUCAACCUCCAAUCCCCAAUCUAAAGUCUAGUUUUUGGAUUCGUAGACUCAGAUUUCACAGCUUCAAUCUCGCCGUUAGGUUUCACACCCGCGAAUUGAGUGCCAUUGGAGCUCCAACUGACAUCGACACUCACCAGAGGAAGAAGAAGAGAAAACCUAAACCGGGUUUCUUCGAAGAAAUCAGCGAUAAAUGGUCUUCCCGUAUCAUCCCUGGAAACAACAAUUUCCCAUGGCAGAAGAAGCAGGAAGAGCAAAUUCAAAAUCAGGAAGAAGAAGAUGAUAAAUCAGACGAAAACCCGUCUUCCGGGUAUGAGAAAACCGAUUCCAAUCGCCGGUAUUCAGCGAGCGACCCGCCGAGUUUCCCAAGGCCAAUCGGAUACAUGUCUGCUCCAUGGGUUAAAUUUCCGUCUAGCUCCGAGCAGGAGGUUCAAAAUUCGAGUUCCGAUAAUGGCUUUAGUUUAGAUAGACAUAGAACGGUUAACGUUUCUGGCGAUAGAGCUGUAGAUGAAGCUAGAGAUUCAGAUGGUGAAAGAGAGAAAGGGAUAUGGAGAAGUAAGAAGAGUAAUACAGUAGAAGCCGAGAGGAUUGUACCAGAACACGAGCUGAUAAGGCUGAGGAAAAUAGCUUUGAGGAUGAUAGAGAGGAUAAAAGUAGGCUCUGCAGGAAUCACGCAGUCCCUUGUAGAAGCCAUUCACGAGAAAUGGGAGGUUGAUGAAGUUGUGAAGCUCAAAUUCAAAGAGCCCUUUUCUCUUAACAUGAAGAGAGCUCAUGAAACUCUCGAGAGGAAAACAGGAGGAUUGGUGAUAUGGAGGUCAGGGAGCUCGCUUGUGCUAUACAGAGGAAUAAGUUAUAAGCUAAAGUGUGUUCAGUCAUUUAUUGAGCAGAACGAUCUUGAUACAAGCCCUGAGGUCCGUCGAAGUGUAGUGGAGGCAGGUGGUUACGUGCCAGAGGAUGUGAACUAUCCUAAGAACGUACCUAAAGAACUAUUAUCCGAGCUAUGCGAGCUGAAUGAUUUGCUGGACGAGCUUGGUCCAAGGUUUCAUGAUUGGCCAGGGUGUGCUCCGUUGCCUGUUGAUGCAGAUUUGCUUCCUACGAUGGUUUUGGGAUAUAGGUGUCCGUUUAGGGUUCUUCCGCAAGCAGUGAAGCCUUGUUUGUCUAACAAAGAAAUGACUGAAAUGCGUCGCCUCGCUAGGACUAGCCCUCCACAUUUCGCUUUGGGGAGGAGCAGAGAGUUGCAAGGUCUGGCUGAGGCAAUGGUAAAGCUAUGGGGCAAAAGCGCGAUCGCGAAGAUAGCAAUCAAACGCGGUGUGGAAAACACGAAUAAUGAGAGAAUGGCGGAAGAACUUAAGAGACUUACACGAGGUGUGCUUGUUUCGAGAAACAAAGAUUACAUUGUCUUCUACAGAGGCAAUGACUUCAUGCCUCCUGCGGUUGCAGAGGCAUUGACAGAGAGGCAGAAGGAGAUAACGGAAGUGCUUCAAACGAAAGAGGAUCAAGUCCGGGAAACGGCUUCAACAAGAGUCAUACUCACGUCACAAGGCAAAUCGUCUAAAACUCAGUUGCUCGCUGGGACGCUUGCUGAGACUAUAGCUGCAAGUUCUCGGUGGGCACCAGAGGCAAGCAGCGUGGAUAUCGAGGAGUUGAAGAGAGAAUCAGCUUCCAUCAAAAGAGCUGCGUUGAUUAGAGAUCUCGAGAUAAGACUUCGCUAUGGAAAGCUAAAGUUGAGAAAAGCUGAGAGGGCUUUAGCUAAAGUGCAGAAGGAUCUUGACCCAUCGGAACUUCCAACUGAUUCAGAAAUAAUCACAGAAGAAGAGAGACUUCUUUUCAGAAAAAUGGGUUUGAGUAUGGAUCCGUUUCUUCUCGUAGGAAGACGAGAAGUGUAUGAUGGUACCAUAGAGAACAUGCAUUUACACUGGAAACAUCGUGAGCUCGUAAAAAUAAUCGUUAGAGGGAAGUCUCUGCCGCUAGUGAAGCACAUUGCUAUCUCUUUGGAGGCUGAGAGUGGAGGAGUAUUGGUAUCCGUUGAUAAAACCAUGAAAGGCUAUGCGAUAAUACUCUAUCGCGGCAAGAAUUAUCAGAUGCCGUUUCGGCUUCGUCCUUCAAACUUAUUGACAAGAAGAAAAGCUUUCGCUCGAUCCAUUGAGCUUCAGAGAAGAGAAGCACUGAAGUAUCACGUUGCGGACUUAAAGGAACGGAUUGAUCUGUUGAAGACUGGACAGGAGGAGGAUAAGGAAGCUUGCAAGACUACUAAUGGAGAGGAAGAGAACUUGUAUCUGAGAGUUGAUGAAUCUGAUUAUUCUUCUGAGGAGGAUGAAUCUCUGGAAUGGGAGUCAGAAAAUAAUGAAACUUUCUUAUCAUUGGAAGAGGAAGAAGAAGAAGAAGAAGCUUGA